CCGAGGUCAACAUAACAAGAUCUUUCCGUUGAACUUGCAGUGUUGUAGCUCUUAGUAGAAGACGCAAGAUUUUGCUUCUUUUUUGGUAUUUACCGUCAUCAAGUGAAGAAGAAGAAAAGCUUAUCAGUUUGAAGACUACUAUGGCUUGUGCCUUUAUUUAUGCAGUUGUUUUUGCUUUUGUGUCUGCCAUCUCUCUGUCAAGGGGCGAAGAGGCAACAGUCGGCAUCAACUUCCAGUAUGUCUUUGAGAAAGAAAACUUCUUCGGACCGUUCUCCUUGGGGCCCAACCAGCCCGGCCCACUUAUCUACAAGCCCUCCCUUAUUGGCAAACCAGGCCUUCCUGAGUGGUUGAGAUAUAUCCAGACAGACCCUACCCGUCAGGCCUACAUGUAUGGCACACCUGAUACAGAUAAUAUUGGCGACAUCACUCUUGAGAUCAUAGCCCUGAACACAGACACCUACCAGUCUGCUCGUGUCAAGGUGCCGAUAUCAGUAACUUACCACUCAGAUACUCCAAAGUACCUUGCUACGUUCUUCCUCAGCAACCAAAAUGUUGGCGACAUGCUCUCAGCAAUCCGCCAACGAGACUUCCUCAAUAGGUCAGGUUUGGUCUGGUCCACGCAGACGCCCCUGGUCAUCCACAGGUUGAGGCCACCAUCCGACUCGAUUGAGCUUGGAAACCCCACGCCAGGGAAGGAGGGUGUCUACGUGACCAUUGGCUCGACAACGCCCUUUUCCCCAGAGCUACUGGGAGUGAACGCAGAGGCAACCAGCAACUGCGUCAAUGGAGCGUACGUGCCGUUGAAACUGGGCAGUGUUUUCCCGCCGACAUUUGCGGUUGACUGGUGCCGCUUAGAACUGACCCAAGCAAACAGGUCAUCCCAGCUGAACACACCUUCAGGCGCCAAGCCGGUCACCCUGGGCGGUGAGUACCAUCCUCCAGCGCUGACCAACGAGCCGCCCAAUCACCUGGUAGAAUUUCUGCUGAUUGUCAUUCCGCCGCUGGCCGUGGCAUUGAUCUUUGUCAUUGUGCUGGGCGUCCUGAUGUGUAGCUUCAGGGGUAGUUCCAAACAUAUUGCAAGAACUCCUGAAAUACAACUGACCCAUCACCAAAACCUUCGUCAGGCCUCUCGGCAGCUGAGGGCGCUUUCAAAUCGUCGUGAUGGAGCCCCGUCGUCUUCACCGUCCACACCGAUUAUCCCCCACGGGGCAAAUCCAGCAGUCAGUAGUGUACAGUCCUCUCCGCGGCAUCACAUACGUGACCCUGAUGCGUUGCCCAUGACGAGCACCCCAAUGUUUAGUCGUACGUCCCCACCCCCGUACCGUGUCCCACCUCAGCACCCAUCCUUACCAACAACCCCAGGACAUCAAGAAACAAGCUUCAGCGAUCCGUUUGACAACAGGCGUCUGUCUGAACCAGGCAACCCAAGAGGACGUCCACUGCCCUCGCCGAUCAGAUCUCCACCCCCGUUCAUGAGUGGUCCGUCCUCUAGGGGCUACCAAGCAGGAGCAGCAGCAUCCUAGGAGAUACCAAGUGGCUGAAGUAGUAGGGGUGAUCAAAGACCACUUGUGCAUGUGCAAUGUUGAUGGUAUUCAAGUUGUUAUGGUAUUGUAUAAAGAUAGACUUUUCUUGCGUUAAGCUUGUCAAAUAUCUGGUAGUGAAAUUUUGCAUGAAUAAAUAUAAACAUUGUGUGUCAAAUAAUUCUAGUUCAUUUUAAAAAACUGUCAGAGACUUGGAUUUUUUUCAUUUACAGAGUAAAAAUCAUAAACACUGAAAUUAAAGGGCAUUGUCUGCUAACUGGCUGUAUAAAAACUUGCCGAGAUUAAUCACUUGUUUUGAAGUACAGGUGUGUAUGUGUCACAAAUUAUAAAAAUGUCAUCCAAAUAUUUAAUGAGCUUGUCAACAUAAACAAUUCAAACUUAAUUGCAAUGUCUGUUCUUGCAUUUAAAUAAUUUUCCCACCAGAAGACUCACAGGAUCCACGAUGCACAAAAUCUGUCGACCCAGUGCACGCUUGGAAAGGGUCAACAGAUUAGUGGACUAUGGACCCCAACUGGCUCCAUAGGAAAGUGCACAUGUAAACAAAGUGUGAAGUCAUAUGGGCUUUUUACAAAGGAAUACUUUGACAAAGGCUUGACAUUGCAGAACAAAAUGUUCAGUCCUACGACGUUCAAGUCAAAAAACAACUGCGAUGUUAGGAAUACUUUGACAAAGGCUUGACAUUGCAGAACAAAAUGUUCAGUCCUACGACGUUCAAGUAAAAAAACAACUGCGAUGUUGGAGAGGUUUUUGC